UGCCGGGAACAGCCGCCCCCUCCCCUGAGCAGGGCACAGCCAUCCCCUCCUGUGUGCCGGGAACAGGCGCCCCCUUCCCUGAGCAGAGAACAGCCUGUUCCUCCUGUGUGCCGGGAACGGCCGCCCCCACCCCUGCGCAGGGAUCAGCCUCCCUCCACUCCUGGAAGGGAACAUCCAUCCCCUCCUAUGCACAAGGAACAGCCACUCUCUCCUCUGUGCAUGGAACAGCUGCUUCCUGCCCUGCCCAGGACACAGCCACACCCCACUCUCAGCCAGGCACAGCAGCCCCCUCUGUCGUUGCCCGUCAAUUCCUGCUGCAAGAACCUGAUCAUGGGAGGCUCCCCCACUAGCAAUAGCCUGCCCCAGUCUAAGAGGUGCAACCAGUGCCCUGAGUGUGGCCGGGGCUUCAGACAGAGCUCGGACCUGCAGCGGCACCGGCGCAUCCACACGGGAGAGAAGCCUUUCCACUGCCCGGUGUGCGAGAAGAGCUUCCGGCUGCAGUCCAAUCUGAUCGUGCACCACCGUACGCACACUGGGGAGCGGCCCUACCAGUGCGGGGAGUGCGGCCGCGCCUUCUCGCAGAGUUCCAGCCUCCGGACCCACAGUAAGAUCCACCUGGGCCAGAAACCCUAUGUUUGCUCUUUGUGCGGCAAGAGCUUCCACCACAACUCAAAUCUUGUCCUCCACCAACGCACCCACACGGGCGAGCGGCCCUACGAGUGCAGCGUCUGCGCGAAGCGCUUCAGUGACCGCUCCACUCUGGCUCAGCACCGACGCGUCCACACGGGUGAGCGCCCCUACGCCUGCUCCGAGUGUGGCAAGUGCUUCAGCCAGGCCUCACACUUGGUCAAACACCGACGCACCCACGCGGUCCCCUGCACUGUGCUGGCCAGGGACACAGCUGUCCCCCAAAACAGGCCUGGCACAGGGGAGAAGAGAGACACUCCUAGGCACAGACCAGACAGUGGGGUUGUCAAGGCUGUAUCCCCACUUUGAACUUUAGGGUACAA